AUGGAGAGAAUAACCGAAAUUGAGGGGGACCUUUUCCUUGCUCCAGAGGGAGCUGCCCUAAUCCGUACAUUUUUCCUCUAUCCAAUGCGUGCAACUGUCAAGGAUCCUGGGGGAAAGGCAUUGCACUUGAGUUCAAAAACAAAAGGUGAUAAUAAAAACGAUAUAAGACAGCGAGUAACUAAGCUUCCUGAAGGAACAGCACUCGUAAUACCGCCUCAAUUAGCCGAUUAUGACCCGCGGAACCCUCACGCGGUCUCUGUCGGAAAAGGUAUCGGGAAUAGUCAAAACCGGGGACGAGGGGGACGACGAGGGGGACGACGAGGCCACGGCCUCAGUCGUGGUAGGGGCAGAGGGAAUGGAACACCAGACUCCUCAUACCCUAAUUCGGCAGGUAAACGGCACUGGAUAAUCUGUCUCUUUACAGCUUGGCACUAUGCGGCCGGCAAGCGUAGCUCCACCGACGAGAUCCUUGAGAAUACCGUUGCUGCAAUAGCCGAUCUCAAACGUCAGAUCAAUAAAGGUAUAGCAGACCCUAACGCGAAUAAAGAAAGCGCACUUCUUAAAGAUACGGAGUUCUGGUCCUGUCGUAUUAACGCUGGCUUGUUCGGCGUUGACUGGGAGCAAUCUAAGGGUAUUUUGGUAGAUUCCAUGUUGAAUAUCAAAGUUGUCUCUCCGCCCUAG